AUGCCCCGGGCAAUUUUGAGCUUCCUUCUGAUCACAUUGAUCUUUGACAUUAAGAAGGUGACUUGCUUGCAGUGUGCAUCUGAGCUCGUCGGGGACUCCGUGAACGCUUUGGUUGAGGGCGACUGUCUCCUCCCGGUGUAUCAGCACGGCGAUCUCUACAGUCAGAAGAGCACAGAGAAGGAAAAGGGCGAAGGAUGCAGACAGCUUCGCAAGCAUACUGCGUUGCAUUGCACCACAUGCAACCUCCCGUGGCACAUGGUUCUGGACAGGACAUAUGUGCAUGGGAUGAAGAGCCCAAGAAGACAACAGCAAGAGACAGAGCAGCACCACGCCUCAUGGCAAGGACAAAAUACAUGGCAAUGGGACCAGCAGCAAGGCAAAUCGCCCAGGCAGAAAAAGAAUCGAGCCCGCAGUGCCAAGAGUUCGAAGCAACCUGGCCAAGGGAUUCCUCCACAGAUGCCCAUGUUGCCUGGACCACCCAUGCACAAUGCUGCCAUGGCACCAAUGGCCCCUAUGAUGGCAUGGAAUGUGCAGCCGCAAAUGAUGCAGCCGUAUCAACCGAUGCAUGCACAACAGCCAUUGCCACCACCACCGAUGCCGCCCAGCGCUGUGAUGCCCAAUGUGCCACCAGCGCAAAUGCCAUCGGUAAUGGGCCCCAAUUUUGUGAUGCCUACUAUGCCCAAAAUGCCGCCUAUGCCACAACCACAGGCAUCGGAGACAAUUGGCACGGAUCUGAUGACGAUGCUACGUCAAGACGUUGCCGAAUUGCCGCUCCACAUACAGAAGGCGGUAAAAGAGUCCACCCUCAAGGAAGGAGUGAAGGACGGGGCGAAGGCGACCAAGGACUUGCAGGCUGCAGCAAAGCAAUUGGGGUCGGCGAGGAAAGCGUACGAAGCAUCCAUCCUCGCGCGAUCACAGCUGCACUCCAACUGGAAGAAAUUUCUUUCAGAUGCUGUGAGUUUGUGGCAAGACUAUGCCACGCAGUUCACUGCACAGGAACGAAAGCUUCAAGAUCAGGUUGCAGCGGCCAAGGAGACUUUCCUGUUGGCCAAAGAGGCAUCAGCAAAGGCGCACGAGGCUGCAGGCGCUGUGCAGGAGAUCCAUUCGGACGAGGAAUUUGGAGAUGUUCCAAAUGUACCCUCUGCUGCUGCAGCCAGAAUCACGGAAAGUAUGACUGGACUGUCCCAGUCACUUCAAGAUCUACAACAGCAGGCCGCAGCAAUCGAUGCAGAGGAGAAGCAGCAUCAAGCCAAGAGACCUCGCACAGCACAGGGAGUUCCGGACGCCCAAAUGCAAAACGAGGAAAUGGACUCAGAUGAGAACAAUGAGAAUGCGCAGCAUCGAGCACCAGGACACCUGGAACACAUGCAGGACUUUACGGACAACAUUGUUGUUCCCCAUGAUCCCAAUCUGGACAGCACCUCGAACAAUGCUGCAGCGGCCACGAGUAGCAGCGUGGCGGCCCACGGUUUGCCAACCGGAGGAGCAGAAGAUCAUUUUGCUGCUGGAGAUGGAGGUCAAGAUCAAGGAUCUGCGGAGGAUGAUCAACUUUCAUCAGAACCGCACUCAAUUGACAUGGAACCAAGUGCUGGACCGCUUUUCAAUUGUCAUUUCUACAGGCUCCGACAUCCUCCUUUGCACAUGUUCAUGAAGAACGCAGCUGGGGUCCCUAUGUUGACGGAGCUUGCACGCAAAUUGGAUGUAGUUGCGGCAUCAUUGCUACAGGCACACACCAUCCUGGCGCCGAUGGUUGGAGAUUGUCGUGAUGACUUCUCCUUCAUCAUCCAGUCGAUCACAGAUUUACCUGCAGCUUCAUCCGACGCGCUUGUGAUCAUUGACGUUGAAUUGCAUUUUCACACAACUGCGUCUGGUAUGCAGCCAUUGCCGGCUGCGACCCGAAGAGUACACAGAGUACCACGUCAUCUCUCAAGAGCAGGAGUGCUACACUACGCUGGAGUUCGACAGUAUUGUGAAUGGCAGAAUGAUGCAUGCCUUGUCCAAUACAACAACGUGCUUUGGGACAUCAGUCAGCCUGCUUCCAAAGUGAUGAGACAUGGCACAUACCUGCAUGUGACGGUACCGCCACCAGUACAAUUGCUCAACACGCUGCAUGCAGUACAUGUGGCUGAGCACCCAGUGGCCAAUCAUCAGGGAGUUCAUGACACAGUACCAGCACCAGCACCCUCAACCUCUGCCCCAUCACCGCCUUCUGCAUCUUUGCCGGCACGAAGGCCGAGGCAUGCUGUGCAUCUGGAUCAUUGGCAGGAUCAACUUAAUCAGCUUUACGAAGAUGAAGCAAUUGUUGAGUUUGAAGAGGAGGGCCGAAUUCUUUAUGUUUGGACCUGGUUCAUCCACCAUGAUCGCUACAAACUUUGUAGCGUGCCCCGCAUUGUGAAGUUGGACGCGUUCAGACAUUUAUGGUAUCAAGACCUCACAGAGCCAUGGCAGGAACUCCUUAAUCCUGAUGAUCCCAUCACAUUGGCAGUCAUCGGCCAUCGGCCACCACAUGCUACCACGACCAUGGACACAGUACACCUGAUGAUCGAACAACAGCCUCGAGAAGCACGAGCUGCGGGAGUCGUGUCGGCUGUUUUCCAUGGGCAACAUGAGGAUCGACUGCUUCAAGCUGCAUAUUCACUGCCGCGGUGGCUCUGUGUUGAAGAUCUUAUUGACAUCAUUGAGAUCAACCACAUUUGCGAGGUCCAGGUUUGUACUGCCCUCUCUGGCAUUGCGCACUUUGAGAAGUUCAUACGACAUGAGAUACCUUCGGCCAUCAGUAUUGAACUCCAUGUCCGCCCUCCAGAUUGUCAUGCUGAUCAACGAGCUUCCAGCUCCAGUGAGCCGUUCCAACCUCAAAGACUGAUGCCAACGGGAGCUCAUGCGCUCCUGCAGCGUAGCACCAGUCUGGACCGCCAUGUAGCAGGCAGUGUCCAAGGACGGCACCUGAUGCAACUGAGGAGGAGAUGGCACCGACACCGACCUCAACAACCAACAGAGUCAGGAGGCGAUCCAUCAGAGCACAUAUCGGACGAGCAUGAUCAAAUUCCGCAGCGAGUUGCAGCCUGUGCCACUAAUGCUCCGCCUGCACUCCCGAUGCUGAUCCCUAUAUGGCCAACAGAAUGGACAACCCUCCUUGAUGUCUGGACCUUCUACUUCAAUCAAGCUGUGAUGCCUGAAGGAGCGUCUAUUGUAGCUGAAGUAUGGUACUCAGAUCACACCCGGCGCACAUGGUCUGAAGCUGGACAAACAGUCACUUUGCAGGCUGAUUUCACGCAGUGGGUGCCUCGCAUCCUUGAUGCAUGGCCGGAAUGGUAUUUACCUGAACUGUCGUAUGAAAUCUUCGUGGUCAAGCCUAUACACCACUUGGAGGCAACGAUGGAGUACAAUUUCAUGUUCUGCUUCUCCAACAGCCGCGACCUGAGCACAAGACCAUCUUGCUUACGGUGA